AUGAGCUGCAUGUGUUUUCGCGAGUGAAAAUGUUCGAAACAGUACAACACAUCGAUAACCGUUAAGUCGCCGGGAAAAAAUAAAUAUUGAUAUUGAAUUUCUGAUUAUAUUAGACAACCGUUUUAUACGCGUUUUCCGCCGCUCAGGCUUAAGAAUUGUGCGAGCGAGACGAUGACAGACAGUCUUGUGUGUGCGAAAUAACGGUGCACGGAAUUCAACUAAAAUCGGCCACAAAUAAUAAUCGCCGUGAUUAUUAGAAUCUAAAACUGCCAACUGCAGCUAAUAAAACAACAAAAAACCGUUCGAUGUGAAGUGCAAAAACACGAAUAAAAAUACAAAUAAAAACAAAAACCGGUUCGCCUCUGCAGCAGCAGAAAUCAAAGCCAAAAAGGAAAGAAACAAAAAUCAAAGACAGCGAAAGAAUUUUUGUUGUUUGGCCGGUGCGUGUGUGUGGGAGUGUGUCCCAGUGUGUGUGUGUGUGUGAGCAUCUCGAAGAAGGAGAAAAACGCAAAAGUCAGUAGGAAAAAGGCGUACGUAAGGAAAAAGAGAGGAAACAACGUAGUAGGAAUUUCUUAAACCCGUUUCCCAGCAAACAAAAUAAAAGAGGUGAAAAAAUAAAAAAAAUCGUCGGCCGCAAAAAGUGGCACAAGUGAAAAUUCCUGCGUUGUUCGUUUAUUAUUAUUUUUCUGUUGCCGUCUUUUUGACAAUCGCCAAAAGUGAAAAUCAAUUGGCGAGAGCGCGCGCGCAAGGAGCAAAGGGAAGAGAGAGCUCGCCGGAGAGAGAGCGAGCCCAAUAUAGAAAUCGUCCUUUUUCGGGGCCCCAAAAUACCCAGCCCAAAAAAAGAGCACGAAAACUGGACGAAAAACUCCCAAAAAUAACAACAGCACACGCUGAUGAACUGUAAAAGUAAACAAAUUGCUCCGAAACUGAACGAAUUUGGGGAAAAUUGCAACCAGAGAAAAAAGCCACCACAUGUCUGGCCCUACAGUUUGAGCUGCACUGGGUUCUAAGCCACUCGAGGGCAGAAGGAAAGGGAACCACCAUGCGACAGACUUUACGACACAUCCCCAGCGAAAUGUCCAAACGAAACGGAUUCCAUCAGCAGAAGGCCCAAACCAGCCGACCCAUUAAAUAAAUUGCCAAUAAAAAAAAAUAUAAACAAAUUUACGAAUAUUUACCAAACUCAAGGAAAGACCCUUUGAAGUGCGAAAAAAGAACGCGAAAAGGAGCGGCAACGAGAACUCCCAGAAGGAGAGGGAGAAGGUUCGUUUUUUCCGUGGAGAGAGUGAUAGAAAGCCGCCAAAAUUACGACGUACCACCCACCCACGCCCAAAGUCAAACAGAACCCGGCCAACACGGACGCCAUGUCCGGGCCGGGGGCGUUUGACGAUGAGCCGCCGCCGGAGCCGCGGGACGGAUGGCUACUGGUGCGCAUCCACGUGCCGGAGCUGAAUGUCUACAAGUGUCUGCAGUUCCCAUCGGAGCGGCUCGUCUGGGAUGUCAAACAGCAGGUGCUCGCCUCGCUGCCGAAGGAACUGAAGGAGAGCUUCAACUAUGGCCUGUUUGCCCCACCCGCAAAUGGCAAGGCGGGCAAAUUCCUGGAUGAGGAACGCCGCCUGGGCGAUUAUCCCUUCAACGGACCCGUGGGCUACUUGGAGCUCAAGUACAAAAGACGCGUGUACAAAAUGCUCACCCUGGAUGAACGCCAACUGAAGGCUCUUCACACGCGUGCCAAUCUGCGGCGUUUUCUGGAGUGCAUCAAUGGCGGGCAUGUGGAGAAGAUAGCCAAGAUGUGUGCCAAGGGCCUCGAUCCCAAUUUCCACUGCUCGGAGAGCGGCGAUACUCCGCUGACAGUGGCCACGGGAGCCAAGAAGCCCAAUAAGCUGCUCAUCGCUCUGGUCAAUGGUGGAGCUUUGCUGGAUUACAGGACCAAGGAUGGAACCACGGCUCUGCAUCGAGCUGUGGAGCACGAUUCCCUGGAGGCGGUCAGUACCCUCCUUGAACUUGGUGCCUCGCCAAAUUACCGCGAUGGGCGUGGCAUCACUCCGCUGUACAUCUCCAUUACCAGGAAGUGCGAGGCCAAGAUCACGGAGAGCCUGCUGCACGACCAUGCCACGCUGGGCAUCCAGGACAGCCAGGGCUGGAACGAGGUCCACCAGGCCUGUCGGCAUGGCCUGGUGCAGCACCUGGAACACCUGCUGUUCUACGGUGCUGACAUGGACGGCCGCAAUGCGUCCGGCAAUAGUCCGCUGCAUGUGUGCGCUGUUAACAACCAAGAGGCUUGUGCUAGAAUGCUUCUCUUUCGCGGCGCCCAGCGCGGCGCCCAGAACUUUGCCAACCAAACUCCCUACCAGGUGGCUGUCAUAGCCGGCAACUUGGAGCUGGCCGAAAUCAUUGAGAACUACAAAUCUGAGGAUAUUGUUCCCUUUCGCGGACCGCCGCGCUACAAUCCCAAGCGCCGCUCGGGCAUCGGGUGGUUGAGCGCCAACGGAGCCGCCGGCGCAGCUCUGCUGGCAGCGGCUGGCGGUGGCUUCGGUGGUGCGAUGGUCGGCCUGAACGGUUCGAACGGUUCCAAUGGUCCUGCCAACGGUAACGGGGCUGGCGGUGUUGGUCUGAUGCUCAGCCAUCAGAGCCACCAGCAGCACCAUGGCCACCAUCAGCAUCAGCAGCAGCAUCUGCACCACCAGCACCACCACCAGCAGCUGCACCAGCAGCAGCAGCUGCCCCACCUGCACACGCUGCAGCUCCACGGGCCCCCCUCGCCGUGCCCCUCGGAGCACAUGCUGGGGGCCUACAGCUCCGCCAGCUCCAGCCUCUCCGAGGGCUCCUCCGGCCACCGCUCCCACGAGGACGACAUCAGCAUUGUGACAGACAAAUCCCUGGGCGACACCAGCGACAUAAUCAGCGACUCGUCGGGCGUGGGAACCAACUCAGACUCGGCAGCCUGCUCCAUCGGCCAUCCCAGCACCACGGUGGUGUGCAUGGAGCCGUAUGUGGGCAACACCGUGGGCCACAUCCGCCUGCAGCCCGGCGACGUCAUCGAGGUGGUGGGCAGCACCGACUGCGGCCUCCUCGAGGGCUAUGUGCGCGGCACCAACCAGUCCGGCUUCUUUCCGGCCGACUGCGUCCAGGAGGUGAGUCUGCGCCAGAAGCACAUCACCAACGUGAUGACCGCCAGCACCGGCAUGGCUGCUCCCCAGCAGCAGCAGCAACAGCAGCAUGCGCCGGCCUCUUCCGCCGCCGCCGCCGGCUCCUUCCAGGGUUCACCCCAGCUGAGCCUGGGCGGACACUCCGGCAGUUCCAGCACCCUGCUCCAGCAGCCCCACCAUUCGCCCUCGCUCUCGGUGGCCAGCAAUGGAUCCUGCCAGCAGCAGCAGAAGCAGCAGCCGUCUGAGAGCAAUGGCGGCGGAGGAGGAGCACCUGGCAAUGGGUUGAGCAACCGAAACAACAACCACUCGGUGGGUCAGUACAGCAGCGCCACUGCUCCGCGCAUCAAGAAGAGCGCCUACAAUGCGCCACGUUCGGUGGUGCUGCACCGGGCCAAGCGUGGCUUCGGCUUCAUCCUGCGCGGCGCCAAGGCCAGCUCCCAACUGAUGCAGUUGCGCCCCUCGGAGCGCUUUCCGGCGCUGCAAUACCUGGACGACGUGGAUCCCGGUGGAGUGGCCGACAUGGCCGGCCUGCGUCCGGGCGACUUCCUGCUGACGAUCAACGGCGAGGACGUGAGCUCCGCCUCGCACGAGCAGGUGGUCGAGAUGAUCCGCUCGGCGGGCGCGCUGGUCAACUUGACGGUGGUCUCGCCCCAGUUUCCCCACCAGAUGCAGGCCAGUGCCCAGUACCUGCCGAGUGGAGCACGCGUGGGCAGCCAGCACCUGAACAGUGGGCCAAGUACGCCGCAGAGUUCGCACCGCCAGUGCGCCACGUUGCCCAGAAAGAUGACGGGAUGUCCGGGCGGAGGCGCAGGCGGAGGCGGGCCAGCCUCCUCCUCGGGGGGCAGUGUGCGCAUGGCUCCGAUGCCGCCGAGAAGGGAUCCCAAGACCACCUUGAGUGUGGGUCGGGCCAGGGCCAAGUCCAUGGUGGCUGGCCUGGAGAACGGCGGAGAGAAGGAGGACGAGUUGCCGCACACAAAGUCCAACUCGGUGGAGUCGAUUGCCACACCGGCACCGGGUGGCAACCAAACGGGACCCGGAACUCCCGUUCAGCUGCGCACGGCCAGCAUCAAGGCACGGCCCACCUCGAGCAGGAUCACGGCUGCCGAACUGGAGGAGCUCUUCCAGCGGCAGCAGGGCGAGGGCAGUGCUGCGAGCGCCAGCCGCUAUGCCACCAUGAUGACCAGCUCGCGGUUCCAGUCGGGCACCGAUAGUGGAGCGGCCACUCCGCCCGCCGCCAAUGGUUCGCCCAUGAGGAGUGGCCCCCUGGUCUACGGCAGUGUGGCCGAAAUGAAGCGCAAGACGGCGAGGAGCAAGCAUGGCCCGGGCAAUGCCACUGGCACUGGCACCCUACGUGGCAAGCCCGUGGCCACGCCCACUGUGGGAGCGGGCGUAGCAGGAGGCGGUCGUGACCUCAAGCGGUUCCAUUCCACGCCCGAUUUGCACGGUCCGCAGCUGCACGGCUCUGCCUCGUCCAUUUGGCAGGCGGCCGGAAAGGGUCACCAUUCGCAGGACGAUGUGGCCACGCUGCAUGCCUCACUGCAACGCUUGAACGCCAACCAGGGAGAACUGAAGCAGGGCGGAGGAGCAGCCGGUGGAGGAGCGGUCCUACCGCCGCCCAACCACCCACCACCACCGCCGCCAGUGGGUCAAGUGGUCAAGGUGGAGACACGCAGCAGUGUGUCGGAGUACGAGAGCACCGUCUCCCUGCAGCAGAAGCUGAAGAAGCGGACGGAGAACGAUGCGGUGACCAGUGCCGCCAUCGAUGGCGUCCAGAGCAGCUUCAACCCGUCGGCCAAUGCCAAGAUCUAUGCCUCGCCGCAGGAGCUGCGCAACGUGAUGGCCUGGAAGUUGCGGCAGGCGCAGGAGAAGCCAUCGCAGGAGACAUCCGCUGGCUCCCAGCAGCCAGUCAGUCAGUAUGCUGCGCCCACGCAGCUACGUGCACCACAGCAGCAGCAGCAGCAGCAACAGCAGCAGCAACAACAGCAACCACAACAGCCGCCCACGGUAUUGGCCUCCCACUAUGCCGCUCCUCAAGUGCAACAGGUGCAGCAGUCGGCACCCCAAUCCCCGCCUGCUCCACCAGUGCCACAGGCGGCACCUGUUCCAGCCCAGAAUGGCAAUGGCAAUGCCACUGGCAAUGGCAGCACAAGUGGAGCUGGAAAUGCUCCUCCGAUUCCCGAACCAGACUACAGCUGCAGCGAGUCGGAUGGCGAGGAUGAGAACUCCAUUCUGGUGGCACGCAACACCAAGCUCAACGAGAAGAUUGCGCUUUUCGAUGUGCCCGAGACAAGCGGCAACAGUCAGGCUAGUGGAAGCAGUUCCAACUCGGGCAGUGCCUCCAUUUCCCAUUCACUCUCCGUGGAGGAGAUCCAGCGCAUUCGCAGCAAUCUCAAGACAUCCAAGUCGUCGCCAAACGGCUUUGCCAAGAAGCCAGAAGAGGAGAAACCACAGGAGCAGCAGCAGCAACCGCAGCAACAUUUGCAGCCAGGCGAAGAUGAGUGCGACAACAGCAGCUCCGGUGUGAGCAGCGAGCAGGAGCAGAUGGCAUUGGCCGCAGGAGUGACACUGCCAGUGGGCGGAAAGCCCACCGAUACCAUCAAGAAGAAGCCGUCGGUGACCAUUGUGGAGGAGCCCAAGACCAUUCCCGAUCAGCCCAGUAGCAACACCAGCAACAUCAGCCACUCCAGUCAGAGCAGCAACACCAGUCAGAGUAGUAAACCAAUGGCCAAGACCACAAUCAGCAUAGGCGGCGGAGGGCAUAGUGCAGCGGCCACUCCCACACUGACGGUGAAGCAACUUGUACAGCAGCAACAUGCACCCGCUAUCCAACAGCAGCAGCAGCAACUGGGCAGCAAGCAUCCAGCAGUGACGGUGGCCAACAGCAACAAGUUCUCGCAACAGGGCAACAUCAUCAACAGCAAUGUGAUGAGUCCUCAAGUCUUGGGGCGCAUUCCCAACGUGCAUCAUCAUCAGCAGCAACAGCAACAGCAGCAACAAUCGAAUCCCAACCAGAAGCUGAUUGCCACCCAGCAACAGAUACUGCAGCAGCAGCAACAGCAGAUGGCCCACCAGCAGCACCUGCAACAGAUUCUCAAGGCAAAGGCGGCCGCGGCCGGAGGAGCCAGCAACACGGCCGCAUUGGUGGCCAAGCAUCAGCAGAAGCUGCACAAGGGCACCAGCAGUGGCCACGAGUCGGAGAUGGAGGCGCGUUCCGAUCUGGAGGACGAUGACGGAGACCUGAGUCCCUCGCCGCCGGCCAAGGCCUUUCAGCGCCACAACUCGCUGACCCGCAAGCAAGCGGCAGCGAUUGCCAUGCAGAGGGGAGCCACCAGGACCACUGCCGUGUCCCUGAUGCAACUCCCGCCGCCUCUGGAGGCGGACAGCGAUGGCGAGCCAACGCAGCUCACGCUCCAGCGUCAGCAGGCCCAUCAUCCGUCACAUCCUCACCAGCUGCAGCAACUCCAGCAGCAGCAACUCCAGCAGCAGCAGCAGCAACAACUGCAACAGCAGCAGCAGCAACAGCCGAUGGCCGCCCACAUUGUGGGCAUGCUGCCCAGCGGACAGCUGGUGGCUGUUGCCUCUGGCGCUGUUGCUGGCGUUCCGGGCGUUGGGGCGGCUGCGGUGCAGUCGGGCAACAACAAUCUGCAGCAACUGUGCACCGACAAUCUGGUGUUGGCACCACCGCCGCAGUUCUGCGAUUGCAACGAUGCCAAGCACGCGCCGCAGCCGCAUCUCCCAACGAACCAAUAUCAUCCACAGCAGCAACAGCAACAGCAGCAACAGCAACACCAGCAACUGCAGCAACAGCAGCAGCAACAGCAGCAGCAGCAACAACUGCAACAGCAACUGCAGCAGCAACAGAUGCUGCAGAUGCACCAGCGGCUGUCCGGCGGUGCUGGCGCUGGAGCUGUGGGCACCUUGGGAAGGGUCCGCAUCGUGGGGUCGAUGCCCAAGGCCAACCACCAUAGGUUGCACUAAACUAAGCCUGGGGAAUCAAAUCGUUUAACCGUUUGCCAAAUCGUUACAUCGUUAGUUAGUGUUAGUCAACAGUCAUUGCCACUCACAACGAAUAGCUGCAACUGCCUGAAACAGCCGAAAACAUGAAUAGAGAAGACCAUUUCAGACAGAUCUGAUUUGUGGUAGUAGGAUGUUCAAAGUUCGAACUGCAAUUUGUUUGAUUUCGAAAUCCUCAAUUACUUUUAUUAUAUUUAUUGCGUGUGAUAUAAAUUUAUGUAGGCUGCCCGCGAGCAGCAACUAAUCGCUAUUUGUAAUCGAACAGCAAGUAUGUAUGCAAUAUCUAAUGAUUAGUUAACCCAACCAUUGAAAACAAACUCAAAGACAGUAGCCAGAAUAUCAUUCUAGAUUUCGUUCUUUUAGUUUGCUUUCGAUCUGCACAAUGUGUCAAAGGUCAAUGCGAUCCUAGUUCGUAAUGUUGGAAGGGCGCCAGCGCCAGGCAAGUUCAUUUAUUCAGUAUCCAUCCAUUGAUCAUUCGUGUUCGUGUUCGUGUUCGACUAGUGCACAAAACAUUUAAACGACAUUGCAUUAACAUUACUCUUAUACACAACUAGCCGUAGGUUUUAUAUGCCUAGAGAAAGCAGGGAGGCGGAAUUUGCACCGAGUAACAAUAAUAUUUGAAUUUGAGCAUUUAGCCGAAUUUCCAGUCAAGUCAAGUCAACUAAACUAAACUAAACUAACAAAUACUAAGUGCAUAAAACGUAUAAUGUUUUUAAAUAAAAUAUUUAUAAAACAAAUAUUUCAAUAGGCGGACAAGUUUAUAAUCGAAAAGAAGAACAAGAAAAAAAAAUCGAAAUUGAAAACAAAACGUAAAUUUUUGCUAGUAAAAUUUACAGAUUUUUACUUUUAACAGAUUUUUUGUAUAAUUGUUUUUUUAGACAAAACUUUAACUUGCCAGAGUAUUACAGGAGGGGAUUUAAGAUGAAGAAGUCACGUAUUGUAUUGAAAGAGGUUCUCAAAUAUUUGCCAGCGCUUAAUGCAAAUAUCGUCAUAGGCAACCCGAAACUUAUAAAUGCGUUUUCACGAGUAACAAUUAUUAUAACUAAGGCUGAUUUUAUUGCAUAAUACAUACAGAACACAGAAGAUAUCGAAACAGCAUUCGCGUAAAUACUGAAUGAAUACUAACCAAGCAUUUACAAUGUUUAAACAUCAACUUUUUGAGGUAUUGAAAGAAUUGGAUGGAAAUAUAAUGAAAUCGUUCGAAUUGGCAGGCCGCACCUUUAGCACUAGCAUCUAAGUGUUGAAAAGUUAGAAAACCUAAAACAAAACCAUAAACAUUAACAUUAACAUACGAGUAUAUAUUGGAGAAUUUAGCAUCUAAUUAGGUUUUAGCACACUUUUUAGUUCUCGCAAUAGUUGCUAAUUAUUUGUAAAUUGUUUUAGUUCCACCAACCACACCCCAAGCGUACAUGUACACAAAUAUGAUUAGCCAUCAAGCUUGUUAAUUUUUAAGUUUAACUGCCUAGUAAACCUACGUGGAGUGCUUAGUUAAGUCAAACACAUGUAUAACCGCUUGCAGUUCCCAUUACCAAUCGAUGGGUCUAAUACGUACAGCAGCAAUUACGAAUGUGUUGCAGAUGCUAUAUAGGAGGAUUAUUGAAUAUGCGUACACCCACAUGAUAAUGUUAAACGAUUAAAGCACACACCACCACACAUACACUUUAAAUGCAAGUAUUUCAAAUGGAAAAAUAUGGAAAUAUUAAUCAUAAGUCGUAAAAUAUGCAAUUAUGUAUUAUGAACAUGCGUAUGAAGAAUCAAUAAAUAUGAAUGAAAACUA